AAUGAAGAUCGACAGGAGCAGACUGAAAAAGUACACUUCGGAAGUGCCGACGGAGUGCCAAGCUCUGAUAAGCAAGCUGCGCUCCUGUUCGCACGCCGAAUUAUUGGAGGAGCUGAAACAGAUAGACGCCUGGACUUUUGGCAAAUGUGAAUUGUUUCAUUGGAUCGAUGUUUUGGAUCUCAAUGACAGUAUUUUGGAGGAGGCAGCGGCCAAGAGUCCGGAUAAUUCCUGGGAAUUGGCCUGCGAUCUUCCACAAAACAGAGAGGCAAAAGAAUUAUUACUUUGGGUUCUUCAUUUUACUACUCUACUUAUAGAACAUUCUUUCUCACGACACUUGUAUAAUAGUAUGGAACACCUUGUUACCUUGCUGUCUAGUUGCGACAUGCACGUUGUUCUUGGUGUUUUGAAUCUUCUGUAUAUGUUCAGUAAAAGAAGUAACUUCAUUACGCGAUUAAAUAGUGACAAAAGACAAGCUUUACUUAGCCGAUUAAAUCAUUUAGCAGAGAGUUGGGGUGGUAAGGAAAAUGGUUUCGGUCUGGCUGAUUGUUGUAAGGAACAUCCGGAAAAGCCUUUUCCAGCUAGUGCGACAACAUUACAUUUCGAAUUUUACGCUGAAAAUUCACCUUGCAGUAGUAGUGUAAAAAAGACUGUUCAGACGAAUCUUGUAACAUAUAUACACAUUGAAAAUGUAGAUAAACUUGGAAAAACUCCUGCACAAAUUAUGAACGACUUACUGAAAAUGUAUAAUGUACCUCAGGAACGCCAGAUGGCUCUUCUAACGCAUAUUAGGUUAGCACACAGCUUUUCCGAUUAUAGACGUCGCUUACAGUGUGUUCAAGCUCGUCUGCAAGCACUUUCUAUUCUUGUGUAUAACAAUGCGCUUCAAGAGAACGCGCACAGUCUACUUCAUGCUGGACUUCUCGAAGAGCUAGUAGAACUACUUGAACUUCCACACACCCACUUGGUUGAAAUUCGAGCGGCAGCUCUGCGAACUUUAACGAGUAUAAUUCAUCUAGACAGGAACCCACAUCAUCCCAAGAAAUCUGGUUCCCGAUUAAAUAUGAUAAUCGAUGUGACGGGCGCGAGCUCGUAUCACGGAUUUCUCCCGGUGCUCGUGCGAACGUGCAUAACAACAUUGACAUCGCCACAGCCAGAUGGGCAACCUUUCCCUCUGCCACUCGCAACAGCACUUUUCAGUUUUCUUUAUCACCUCGGUAGCUACGAAGCCGGCGGAGAGGCGCUCGUUAGUUGCGGAAUGAUGGAAAGUCUUCUAAAAGUUAUUAAUUGGCCUGGUAGAGAAUUAGAGCACAUCACCUUUGUUACCAGAGCAGUGAGAGUUAUAGACUUAAUAACGAAUAUAGAUAUGCAAGGAUUCCAAGCUCACAACGGUUUGGCUAGUUUUAUCAAAAGACUCGACAUGGAGGUGAACGUGUGUCGGAAAGAGCAGCCUUUCGAAAUUGAGCCAGACAGCGAUACGCUGGAGACGCCUCAGCCCGUCACGGAAGAAUCCGCAGGUUCAAGCUCGAGUUCGUCCCGUCGCGCUAACGAGACGUUUGACGAUCGCGAGGAAGCAUUGAAUCCCAUGGAAUUCUCCGAGGAUGAGAAUAUGAGCUCGAAGGCCGAAAGCAGCAAUAAACCAGUUCAACAACAGACAUACUCCGCAGUAAAAAACGGAAAGACGUGCUUACCACAGCGAGCUGCGCUACUGAAAUCUAUGUUUAAUUUCCUUAAGAAGGUUAUUCAAGAUCCCACUUUUUCAGACAGCAUACGGCACAUAAUGGAAGGAACACUACCGUCUUCCCUAAAGCACAUCAUUAGCAAUUCGGAAUAUUAUGGCCCAUCAUUAUUUUUGCUUGCUACCGACGUCGUUACAGUUUAUGUAUUUCAAGAGCCAUCCUUACUCUCAACCUUACAAGAUAAUGGCCUAACCGGUGUCGUGUUGCAUGCAUUAUUGAAUAAAGAUGUGCCAGCAACGAGAGAAGUUCUCGGCUCAUUGCCAAAUGUGUUCAGUGCACUCUGUCUGAAUCAGCGCGGCCUCGCUUCGUUUACCAAACGUCGUCCUUUCGAACGCAUCUUCAAAGUCCUCCUGUCGCCAACAUACUUGUCGGCGAUGCGUCGUCGCCGUAGCGCCGAUCCCCUCGGCGAUACCGCCUCUAAUCUCGGUAACGCGAUGGACGAACUGAUGCGCCACCAACCGAGCCUUAAGGCCGACGCCAUGGCAGCGAUUGUGAAGCUACUCCAGGAGCUCUGCGUUCUCGGUUGCGACUCGCGGUACGUCUGCUGGCGUGCGGCCAACAAGACCGAGAAUUCGCCUUCGCACACAAACUCCACGAGCCGCCAGUCAAGCGGACAGUCGGUUGGCGUUGGCGUGGGAGAUACCGGGGGCAGUGGCGGCGGUGGAGGUGGCAGCAGCAGCGACGACGAGGAAGAGGAGGACGAAGAGGAGGCGAGCACAAGUUCGCAUCCCCAGCGAGAGGAACAACCCUCGCCCUCGCCCGUACAGCCCGGACCACCACCACAACCGAGAGAAAAAACACCCAUCGCCCUGGUCGAUUACAUCCAUAACGUCAUGAAGUUUCUCGACGCGAUUCUAAGCAAUAACUCUACCGACGAUCAUUGCCGCGAGUUCGUGGCACAGAAAGGACUGGUGCCGCUACUCUCCAUACUAGGACUUCCGAAUUUGCCUGUGGAUUAUCCAGUGGCUCAAGCCGCGCAGGCCGUCGCUUCGGUCUGCAAAAGCAUACUCAAUCUCGCGCACGAGCCACUCGUCCUGAAGACUGGACUCACCCAACUCAACGAGGUACUAAAUCUCCUGAAGCCGCUGCACAGCCACAUGGAGUCACCGAUCGGCUCGGUGCUGCUGCACGAGCUCGCCUCCGCUCCCAACCUCGAGACCGCGUUCACGAGCGAUAAGGCGACGCCACUGCUGCACGCGAUGAACGCUGCUCACGGCUACGUCGUCAUGUUUGUUCACGUGUGCCGCACUGGCCAAUCCGAGAUACGCAAUCUCUCUAUGAAUCACUGGGGUUCGGAACUCGGGCUCACCGUUAUCAAGGGUCUCUCCGAACUGUACAUGUCCCUCGUCUGGGAAAGUACUCUUCUCCUUGCUCUCUGUAGCGACGACAGUAUCCCUGCUGGAUGUGACUUUGGCAAAGAGGACAUGGAUAAACUCAUGCCACCCGAAUUGAGGACCGAGGGUGAGAAUUCGUCGUGGUCGACAGCGGCAGCGUCCGCGGAUAUGGGCAGCAAUGGCAUGACCACCGCCAUGGAGGCCCUGAGCACGGAUCCCCCACCCGUGUCCAUGGAGGUCGAUGAAAACAAGCCGAGCACGAGCACUGCAGCAACGAACAGUGGUACUGGUCGCGCGUCCCCGAGCACCCACCAGCUCAAGUACAUCAAGCCCCUGCUGGGCGCAUCGUCCCGGCUGGGUCGAGCCCUCGCCGAGCUCUUCGGCCUCCUCGUCAAACUAUGCAUGGGCUCGCCAACGAGACAGAGACGUAGCCAGCAAUUACCGCUUAUCCCCACGUUACCGUCGCAAGCCGCCCGGAGCGUUGCCACGGCCCUUAAUUGCCUGCUUAUGCGCGGUCUGUCGUAUGACAAGCUGCCACCCUCGCCCAUACCCAAAUUCAAACUUACUUUCCUCAUCUGCUCCGUUGGAUUUACCUCGCCUAUGCUUUUCGACGAGAAGAGGAAUCCUUAUCAUCUAAUGCUGCAGAAGUUCGUGAAACUUGGAGGACAGAAUACAUUUUUUGCAACGUUUCGAUGGGCUCUUUCCGCAGGAGGUCAGUUUGACCUCUCGGAAGGUUUAGAACAUCCGAAUCUUCCAGAUGGAACUGGCGAGUUCUUGGACGUUUGGCUAGUGUUAUUAGAGAAAAUGGUGAAUCCCAAAGCCAUAUUAGACUCGCCUCAUGUUGUUUCUUCCAAGUGCACGGGUCUUUACAAAGCUUACGAACCAUUUGAUCCUAUCAAAUAUCUCAUCGAUAUUCAUAAGAAAGCCUUCGAGGCUGUAAUGCUGAUGUGGGGCAAGAAACCUUUAAAGAAUUACGGACCUCGUAUGACCGAAUCGAUACUUUCAAUCUUAAGACACAUUUUACAAGGGGAGAAAAUUAUCAAAGAACGCACCGAGAAAGAAGAGACUAGCGAAGCCACAAACGCCACUAGCAGUGGAAAUGGAAGUGCGGGCAGAUCCGGUGCAUCGACAGAACGUCGCGAGGAGCCUGAAGCAGAUGUCAAUCCAGAGCAUUUGAGGCAACUCAUGGACAUGGGAUUCAGUAGAGCGCAUUGUAUCGAGGCUCUGCUCCACACACUUACGGUCGAGCAAGCCACCGAUUAUCUUCUCACCAACCCCGCAACCUUACGUCGAUCGGACAUAUCAUCGGGCGACGUAAAUAGUCAGGGUCUUAUAAUGGAUUUGGAAAUGGGCGACGACGAUCAGAUGAUGCAGGCCAUCGCUAUGUCAUUGGACGAUUCAGAGCCGCAAAAGGCAGCUGGCACCAGUGCCGAGGAACCGGUGCGCGAAACCAGUAAAACUAUCGACGAUUUCACUCACAAUGCACUCGAGCAAUGUCUCAACCUAUUGGACUUAAUGCCCGACACCGUCUACCGGAUUUGCGACCUCCUCGUUACUAUAACAAAACGCAACGGCAAUGAGUGGCGUGACAACAUGCUGAAGCAGCUAAUAAACGAAAUCGGUGAUAUCGUGCACUACCUGAUAAUGGUUGCAAAGAUGCAAGAUACCGCGGCGGGUAGAUACCUCGCACUGUGCGACGAGGCGAAUAAGGUGGCCGGGCGUAUCUAUCUCUACACGCUCUUUUUCGAGAGUACGUUCCAGGAGAUGCGUGUACCGUGCGCCCAGAUCGUUGAGCAAUACGGCAUCCUCGACAUGCUCGUGAGCCUCCUGGUGGCAAGCGAGGGCCCCCUCACCGGUAGCAAGAACAAAGCGGUUACCACUCCCGCAAAGGACACCAACGGCAAGGAAACACCUGUAGCCACCCAGCCAACCCAAACGCCCAAGUGGCUCGCACCCCUAUUGCUCUUGAUCGACCGACUCGAGAAAGUCGCUGUGCUGACACAGCGCAAGCAACUCAUGCAUAAAGUCACCACCCGCACGUGGAAAUGGUUCGACCUCAGCACCGGUAAGUGGACGCCCUACUCGUCGGUCAACAAUCGCAUUAUCAACGACGCGUACUGGGCCGGCGAACCGACUGUACGCAUAAACUGCAGCAGGCGGAAAUAUCUCAUCACAUUCUCGUGCAUGACUCAGAUGAACGAAGACAGCGAUAAUCGUAGGCCAAUCAGCAUGAGCUUCAAAACAUCGAGCGCAGUCAGUGCCAGCGAGGAGACGCCAAACAACAGCAAUAAUACAACAGCGAUAACCGCCUCGGACAGCAAUAUGGAUACCGAGGAAAGUAAUGCUACCGCUGGCGGUGGCGAGGAUAAGAGAAAUGCCGUGAUACAAGGACUCGACCCAAGCAUAACACCGAGUAUCGUUCGCGCAUGCGUCAAGCUUAUGGCAAUACCAGUGGAUCGCGAUGCCCUUCACGCUCUAAUGAAGGUCUGCCUUCGCCUGACCCGCGACUACAGAAACGCCGAAGUGUUCGCCCGCGAAGGCGGCGUGAAACUGCUCCUGGACAUGACUCAGGCGAGUAGCUUCAUCGGCUGCAUUACUCUGAGCACUCUCCUCGUCAGGCACACUCUCGAGGAGCCCCUUACCCUCGGCCUAGCUAUGGAAAAAGUCGUGCGCUCGCGCACUCAGACCAACAUUCCACCCGUCUACAAGGAAAUUCUAUUUAUGACGCUACUGAUAAGCAGUGCUGUAUGCCGUAAUCCGGAUGUCUAUAAGCGGGUCUGCGAGAACAUACUCAGGGUGGACACUAGCGUGCUCAAGCGCGAUGAAGGCGACAAUCGAUUGGUCGUGAAAGCCCUACCGCCGAAUUUUUCAGCCUCAUUGCCAAUGGUCGAGGAUGUCUCGAUGAAUGUCAUCCACGAGCUUCUUAAUGCUCUCGUCAAACCAGUCCCCCUUUUACCGGAAGACUCUUCGUCCACGACACCGCCCGCCAGUAGCCCGGAAAAGAAGAAUAACACCAGCGGUACAGCCACCACUAAUGCAAUUUCAUCCACUUGCACGACUUCCUCCUCGUCCUCUCGACGAGAGCUGCUGAGAAACAGUAGCGCCGCGACCGCCAACGAUCCUAUCGAUGACGACGAUCUCAUGUCGCAGAUGAUACCCCUGAAAAUGUACACCGACGUGGGUAACAACGGCAAGGUCGAGCCCGAGGAGGCUAAGAAACCCCUCCUACCCAAGUCCGCGAUACUGAAAAUGCUCGCCGAGUCGGUGCGUUCGUACAGUGCGAUUGCCAACCUCAUCACCGAAUACACUUACCGUGCAGGUCAGAGCGAGAUGAUCCAGGAGGAUACGACAGCCCUCGCGUUCCUCCUCGACAAACUGCUGCCAAUAGUUCCAGAGAAUUCGAGCGACCGCCAGUGCAGCAACAUGGCGCGCAUGCUCAUAGCGGCGAUCGCCUCCUGCAAUCACUCUCCCGAUGCUCAGAGCACUUUGGUGACCGAGGUCAAAGCCGCCUUAUCGCGGACUCUGGCCUUGACGGAGAGCUCGGAGAAGCACGCCCAGCUCCAACUGCUCAUCGGUCUGAUCUCAACGAUGAUCGACAGCUGCCCCCCGACGUCGCACACGCCGCUGCGCGCCUCCCUCAAGAUGAACCACCAAUACAGCAACGUCAAUUAUAUCGUCAGAAUAAUGCUGAAGAAGGGCAUCAUUACGGACCUGGCCAAGAUUCCGCACAGCCUUGACUUGUCGAGCCCGAACAUGGCCGGCACGAUCAACGCCGCCCUCAAGCCGCUCGAGACCCUCUCGCGAAUCAUCAAUCAACCCAUGCCUGGCACCGUGAAUAAUAAGUUCCCUAAGCCGAAGAACAGGAGCGUCCAGGAGGAGCCCAUCGGCGAGCAAACGGGUACGACCACCUCCGAGGCGACCAACGCCGUUGGCGAGGAGGCCAACGAGGACACCGAGAACACCGAACACGACAUAUCUGUGAACGCUGAGAGCCUUGAACCCACAUCGGAGAGCCAUCAGCAAGAGGAGAACGAGGAGGCCGCCCUGGAAGACAUUAUGGACCAGUUGCUGGAAAGUGUACUGUUUUCCAGAGAUGGAUCGGCCGUGGCGGAAGAGCCAACUUCUCGUCCACAUCGGCCGAUGGAUAUUGAAGACGAGAGCCUCGCGAUGCGCGACGGCGAAGGCGACUUCGAUCCGGCCCGAGACACCACAGUAAGAGAGGAUCUAAUGAGCUCGGACUCGGACUCCGACAGUAAUCCGUCGGAUGACAACGAGGACGACGUGCAAGACGAUGAAGACGAAGAAGAGGAGGAAGAAGACGAUGGUGAAGAGAACGAGGAGGAGGAAGAGGAGGAGGAUGAGUCGAACUACGAAGAGGAGAGACUGCAGUUCUACGAGGACGUGAACGAGGGUGUGUUUCGUAUGCUGCCGACGAGUGACCACGACGGAAGCAAUGUCGUCAUGAUACAGCAUAGCUUCGACAAUCAGGAUAUAAACGCCACGGCACCGACCUCCGGCAGACAGAGCUUGCCCUGGAACACCAAUUUCCCCUUUUCUCUCGACCUGUUCGGCGAGCCGCCCUCAGUCUCGGAUAGCAACGGCAUAAACUCCCAUCCGCAGUUUGUCGCCGAGGUCGUUAGACUCGACACUGCCAACAAUCGUGCCCAGAGGCUACUGAGGCAGCGCAGAUACCAGCUGCAAUUGGCCAAUCCACGCCACGCUAAUCCACCUGUUAUCUUGCAAAGAUUACUAAGACCUGUAGCACAAACACUUCCAUUGGCUGCAAGUCAAAUUUUGGGUACUUCGUUUCGGGAUACUCGCGUCGUAGUCAUGGACAAUGGACUUGGAAUCAUGACUAAUCAAGAUGACGAGCAAAUUGACUUUGUCGAUCAGUCGGGGUAUUUAUUCGGACCGAGUCUUGUAGCAACGUUAAAUAAUAUUCCGACUGCCCUUCAUUGGUGGAUCGAAGAGAGUAGGCUACUCGAUGGAUAUUCACAGCCAGACUGCUGCGUUGGUGUUGUAUAUAAGCUAAUUCCUGUUUUGGAAAAGCAUAGGAAUGCUGAAUUAGCCGAAAGAAAAGAAAAGCAUAAAAAACAACAAGCAGCGGAGAAAGAGGCGGAUAAAAAUAAAGAGGCUAAAAGCAGUACCAGUGCCAAUGUUGCCGAAAAUGAAGUCUCGAGCACUCCUCUUACGGAAGAGCAGAGAGCAAUAGCGUCAACCUCCGAAAGGGAUGAUCCUAGACAAUUAAUAGCUGCUGUCGAGGCUGUCGUCGAGGCUGUACGUCAAGAAUUGAAUACAGAUGAAGAAAUCAUAGGAGAAAUGGAAGUUACCGUACAAGAUGAGGAAGAACGGCCGCCUCCGACACAGGAAGCACAAGUUACCGAAGGCCGAGAAUGCCAUACGGCAACAAUUAAUACAGCUACGGAAAUUACUGAAAAUCUUGUUGAUUCGGUACAUAGUACAUCGACCACCGAUGUUUCCAGAAUACAACGACAACAAUCCGAUAGGCCAAGCGAAGGCUCAUUAACGGCAGAGAAUUCUGAAGUUUGGGCGCCCACGGAACUUGUAGAUUUUAGCCAAAAUUCUAAUAAUGACUUAUCUAGAGAAAAUACUGUGCCAAUCGAUUGGAUAAGGAGGUUAUUAACCGACGACAAUGUCGAGUCAAACAGCGAGAGAAAUGCUAAUGUCUCGAACGAGAAUGCAAGUGCCUCUGCACCAGACGCCACUAGUACACCCCAGUCCGAGCAGCAACAGCAACAACAACAAAUUGGCGCUCAGCCAGCACCUCAAGAAGAGAGCAUUCAGGUGCAGUCGUCGAACGAUGUGGGGCCAGGUGCCGAACAGGGCCAAGCGUCUGGACCCCAGCAGCUAGCUCCGCAGGAGAUUGGACCGGAGGCUACCCAGUCGCAGGAGCAACUACUCGACGGUGUGGAUCCGUCCUUCCUCGCGGCACUCCCCGAGGAGGUGCGCGACGAGGUAAUAGCCGAGCAGCUGCGUCUCCAACGUAUACGACAACGAGCUCAAACGAGCGUCGUCGAGGAGCUCGCCGGCCCCGUCGAAGUAAAUCCGGAGUUCUUGGCCGCGCUGCCACCAGCUAUUCAAGAGGAGGUACUGGCACAACAGCGACUUGAGCAGCAAAGACACGCCGCGGCCUCUGCUAAUCCCGAGGAUCCCGUCGACGCGGCUGCUUUCUUCCAGAAUCUACAGCCGUCGCUUCGCCAAGCGAUUCUCACGGAUAUGGAAGAAUCGCAAAUUUCGGUACUUCCGCCUGACUUGGUGCAGGAAGCGCAGAACUUAAGAAGAGAAUGGGAAGCACGUAACAGACACAUGAUGCAAGAACGAUUUCUCAAUCACGUCAGUCAAAGCAAUGCCACGCUAUCGAGUAUUUUAAGAAAUUCGGGCAGAGGACGAGGAUCAGCAGCACGCUAUGCAAUUCAUUCGAUGCCGCAGCGAGCCCAAUGGGACUCGUGGAACAACAGAGGCGACACGAACCUGGCCUAUCAAGGAGCCGCUGGUCUAAGACUGCGCGGCAGACAAUUGCUCGAUCACGAAUCAAUGGCUUGUUUGUUAGUUUUGCUGUUCAUCGAUGAGCCUAAAAUCAAUACUCUAAGACUUCAUAGAGUGAUCAGAAAUUUGUGCUAUCACGGCAGUACUAGAGAGUGGGUCGUCAAGGCUUUAUUAAAUAUCAUGGAGAGAAGUAAUGACGAGAACAAGGAUGCCUUUGUCGAUUUCGGCGGCAAAUUCAGAAGAAAAGGAGCUCAUUCGAAUACGGAUUAUUGUUCGCCAAAGGCCGUGGACACUCGAAAUAAUUCACAAUCUUGGUUAAAUAUCAGUAUUGAUGCCGCAUUAGGCUGCAGAGCCAAUGUUUUUCAUAUAUUGAGGCAUGGAGGCAAAAAAUACGAACGACAAGGUCACAAUAUUAUUAUUCAUCCGCAAGCUGCACCCACUGUAUGCAGGCACACGUUAGAACUAUUCAUAUCCUUAGCCAAGAGUUUUCCUGGAUACUUUGUCCCGGUAAAAUCAAAGGAGGCCGACGAUAAGGAAAAAGAAAGGGAAAAGGAUAAAGAUUUGAGCAUUAAUAAGGAAGAGACAGGCGCCAAACCAAAGACUGCGACGAAGCCUGGCAAGAGCGAUGCCCCCGACUUCUGGGACAUGUUACUGCGCCUCGAUUCUUGCGCCUCGAAAAAGGGAAAAUCCGUGGCGCGCACGCACUCAAAUACGAAUUUGGGUGGCGAGCCCGAACAGUCCGUUAUAUCGUUCGAGGCCUCGUCCUUCGGGCAGCUAAUUUCGAUGCUGAACUGGUCGGUGAUAAAGCGCAGCAGUCAACUGACGGACAAACUGUUGCGACUGCUGUCGCUCAUAUCUAUAGGCCUUACGGAGGUGCAUCCGAAUCGCCGCCAAGAGGGCGCGGCCAAGACCAAAAAGGCGACGGAGGUGAGCAAAGACUGGAGCAUCGCUGCACCCGAGAGCCACAUUAAACUGGCAGUUCAAGUAUUGACGAGCAAGAGCUGCUCGGAGGAGGGCUUGGAAGAUGCAACGGCUCUGCUCCUCAAUCUCUCACAUUGUCCUGAUCCAACGCGACAACUGAUAUUGAAAUUACUCUUGGAAGGCGCUAUGGAACUAGCGAGCAUGGUCUGCGAGCACAUCAACGAACUAAUGAUGGAAUUAAAGGUAUUGAAUAGGGAAAUUAAUAGGAGAAACUCUCUGGAAGAGCAACCAUCGACAAGUGCUGGCGGAUCAAAUAGGGGCUUUCUCGUCGAUCGAUUCACAAAUGAUAGUGUCGUCAUCACAGCACCAACGAAACUGAAAGCUGGAAGCGACCUCCAGUUGCCGUCAAUGGGCGCGCUCGUUAGUAAGACCUCUAGUCAAGCCUUCUUUCUCCGUAUUCUCAAAGUGAUCGUGCAGAUUCGAGAAGCCGUGCGCCACGCGAACAACAAAAAGAACGCGGAGAGCGCCGCCGCAGCGGCCGCAAAUGUGCCUCUACCAACAGAGACGGCGAUGGAAACGGCUCCGGCUAACAGCGCUAUAUCCGAGAUUGUGAACAACGAGAACGCAGCCGAUACCGAGACAAUUGCGAUGGAUACGACCCAGCCAAUAACGCCCGCCCCGAAGCCAUCAAAUUCCCGUAGCGAGGACGAAGGCAGUGGUGGCAAGUUGACACUCCCACUUCUCAGCGAGAGCCUCGUUCUUGAUAGCCUAUGGGAGACACUGAGCGCGUGCCUCCUCGAACUCGAGCACACGCCCGACCACCACGCUGUUCUCGUGCUCCAACCCGCGGUCGAGGCCUUCUUCCUCGUUCACUCGUCAUCGAGCACAUCGCGCGAGCGCAACAACGAGAACGGCACCGAGAACCUCGACGUCGUCGCCGACAUCGCCCCCGUCUCACCUAUCUACUCGGACAACGAAGGCGCUGCGCAAUCCGACGCCGCCGCAGUCACAGCUGCAGCUAUGGCUGUGCUUGCAGCCGCCGCCGCUAAUUCCGCCGGAAAUCCACCCGCCGUGACUACGGCGGCUAAUGUCAGCGCAACCCCAGCUCCAAUCGUCAACCCCGUUGUCCCUCCUCACACCUGGGACGCCAGUGCCACAGCGGUACAAAAGGUCUUGCCGCCAGAUCAAUUAAAGUUCCUGAAAUUUGCCGAAACCCACCGGACCGUUUUAAAUCAAAUUCUGCGGCAAACAACGACUCAUCUGGCGGACGGUCCAUUUUCCGUAUUGGUCGAUCACACGAGAGUCCUUGAUUUCGAUGUGAAACGAAGGUACUUUAGAACGGAGCUGGAGAGAAUGGACGAAGGCAUUCGUAAGGAAGAAUUGGCGGUUCACGUACGCCGUAGCCACGUGUUCGAGGACUCGUUCCGAGAAAUUCACCGAAGAAACGCCGACGAAUGGAAGAACCGCUUUUACAUUGUGUUUGAAGGCGAAGAAGGUCAGGAUGCCGGUGGUUUGUUAAGAGAAUGGUACGUAAUUAUUUCGAGGGAAAUAUUCAAUCCAAUGUAUGCGCUGUUCACGGUCAGCCCUGGUGAUCGCGUUACAUACAUGAUCAACUCCUCGUCGCAUUGUAAUCCGAAUCACUUGUGCUAUUAUAAGUUCGUUGGCAGAGUUAUCGCCAAAGCUAUUUACGAUAAUAAGCUGCUCGAGUGUUACUUCACGCGCAGCUUCUACAAGCACAUACUGGGUAUUCUUGUAAAGCAUACGGAUAUGGAAAGCGAGGAUUAUAGUUUCUACAAGGGCCUUGUUUACUUGACCGAGCACAACAUCUCCGAUUUAGGAUACGAACUAACAUUUUCCGCCGAGGUUAAUGAAUUCGGCGUUAAUGACGUCCGAGAUUUAAUACCAAAUGGACGUAACAUCGUUGUAACCGAAGAAACGAAACUUGAAUACAUUCGAUUAGUUUGUCAAAUGAAAAUGACUGGAGCCAUUCGUAAACAACUCAAUGCAUUCUUGGAAGGCUUUUACGAUAUUAUUCCUAAGCGGCUGAUUUCAAUCUUUAACGAACAAGAACUUGAAUUGUUAAUUAGUGGCUUACCAAAUGUUGAUAUCGAGGACUUGAAAGCAAAUACGGAAUAUCAUAAGUACAGUCCAACGUCAUUGCAGAUUCAAUGGUUCUGGCGCGCGUUGCGAGGCUUCGAUCAGGCGGAUAGGGCCAAAUUCUUACAGUUUGUUACGGGAACGUCCAAAGUACCCCUCCAAGGCUUUGGUGCCUUAGAGGGUAUGAACGGCGUUCAAAAGUUCCAAAUUCACCGAGAUGAUCGAUCCACGGACCGAUUGCCCUCCGCGCACACCUGCUUCAAUCAAUUGGAUUUGCCGGUUUAUGAGACUUAUGAUAAGCUGCGCAGUAAUCUGUUGAAGGCCAUUCACGAGUGCAGCGAAGGAUUUGGAUUUGCGUAAAUUUUUGCUAAAGAAAAAAAAAGAAUGAAAAAAAAGAACAUAAUCUUACGUCGCAAAUUGUUUUCUGUAAUGUGUUGCCUCUGCCUAUUCGAUGAAGUAAAUUAUAUAUCUGCGUGAUGUAAUGAAUAUGAACUGUGCUUGAUCCUCGGUCGAAUUCUUAAAAAUAAUGGAAUCAACGUACGUGCAUACAUUAUAACACGCAUGUGUAUAUACAUAUACUACAAUGUACAUAUAUAUGUAUAUAUACAUAUGUAUACAUAUAUACGACUAUGGUGUAAUUAUUGAAGAUAACAUUGGAAAGAAAAAACACUACUCAAUUUAGAGUUUAUUUUGUUGAAAAGCUCUUUCGUGGAAAGAGAAAGAAUGUGUGUGAGAAAAGAAACAGAAAGAGAGGAACUUAACGAUAAUUCCCGGCAAAAUGGAACAGGAGAACUAAACUGUAAGGCUAAUCACAAUAUUAAGAUUCUACGAUAAGGUUUCUAUUUAAAGGGGAUAAAUAAAUAGGCGUCCUAAAUAUCAUAAGGAAUCCAAAACGAUCAAGAUUGUAAUAUACAACACUAGAGAGAGAGAGAGAGAGAGAGAGAGAGAGAGAGAGAGAGAGCAUUAUUGGUGAUAUAUUGCAACAGCAGACAUUUGAUAGUUUGCAUAUAGUUACAGUGUGUGAAUGAGAGCAGCGUGACAGGAGUUUCCUUAAAAGUUUUACACGUCAAUGAGAGAUGUGAGAGAGAAAAAAAUCUUAACGAGUAAUUACAAGAGUGAGCGAGAGACAAAGAUAAUUUUUGUGAAAAUGGAAAGCCUAAUUUACUGAGAAAAAAAAAGGAAUAAUAAGUCAAGGAGAUUGCAAUGUAAAAUCUAAAUAAUCCAUUUCAUCGCUUUCUUAUGAGAGUUAUGAAUGAUUGUACACUAUUAGUAUUAAUAAUUCUAAUUUUUAUUAAUUAAUAUUAAUAGAUAUAGUAAUUCUUAAUUGAUAUCAUUUUAAUAUUAAUAAUUCGAAAUGUGAUGUUAAAAGAAGUGUAAUUUUUCCCUUGAAAUUUAAGCAAAUAAAGUUUACAGUUGAACCGAUAUACAGCUACGAUCCAAUCCAAGCAGAGCGUCAAUGAUACCUCACGAAGGAGUAAUCACGUUGUAAUUACAUAAGGCUCCUUUCGACAUUGUUAGGGAAUUAUUGCUUAGGAAUCGCUCAAAUAAAUUGAAUGUUGUAUUUUUU